GAUAUUUAUUAAUAUCCAAAUGUCAAUUUGAUAAAUAAAUUCAAUUUAAUCGCAAUAGCUAUCGGCUUCGGUUUCUUACGAACACCGCCAAACUUCACCGUGAACAGGCGUCCACGCCACCGAUAAGAGACAAUCCCCAAUUUCCAGACCACGGAGAGAGAAAAAUUAAGUUUCAGAGAGAGAGAGAUGGGAAGAACAUCUAUUGAGGUCGGAGCAGACGGUGUGGCCGUCAUAACAAUCUUCAAUCCUCCCGUCAAUUCCCUCUCCAUUGAUGUAUUGGAGAGCUUAAGAGAGAGUUAUAAUCAAGCCUUCAGAAGGAAUGACGUGAAGGCAAUUGUUGUUACUGGUGCAAAUGGCAAGUUUUCUGGAGGUUUUGAUAUCACUGCAUUUGGUAGUGUCCAGGGGGGAAAGGUUGCACCUCCAAAACCUGGUUUUAUAUCAGUGGAGAUUCUUACGGAUACUGUAGAAGCUGCAAACAAACCUUCUGUUGCUGCUAUUGAUGGCCUAGCCUUAGGUGGAGGUCUGGAGGUUGCUAUGGCCUGCCAUGGACGGAUAUGUACUUCUAAUGCCCAACUAGGCUUGCCCGAACUUCAGCUUGGGAUAAUUCCUGGAUUAGGAGGCACGCAGCGGCUUCCACGUCUUGUUGGCCUCGCCAAGGCCCUUGAAAUGAUGCUGACAUCAAAACCAGUCAGAGGGGAAGAAGCUCACAAUUUGGGGCUAGUGGAUGCCAUAGUUGCACCAGAUGAAUUGGUAAGCACUGCUCGACAGUGGGCCCUUGAUAUUUUGGAACGUAAAAGACCAUGGGUUGCUAGCCUAUACAAGACUGACAAGAUAGAGCCUCUUGGUGAGGCAAGGGAAAUGCUUAAGUUUGCAAGAGAUCAGACCCGUAAACGAGCACCCAACCUUCAACAUCCAUUAAUUUGCAUUGAUGUUGUGGAGGAGGGUAUAGUUUCUGGUCCCCGUGCUGGCUUGUGGAAGGAAGCCGAAGCUUUCCAAGAUCUUCCCCAGUCAGAUACUUGCAAGAGCUUGGUUCACAUUUUCUUUGCUCAACGUGGAACCUCAAGGGUUCCUGGCAUCACUGACCGAGGCCUGGUACCAAGACGGAUAAGUAAGGUUGCAAUUCUUGGUGGUGGAUUAAUGGGCUCUGGAAUAGCAACGGCAUUGAUUCUUAGUAACUAUCAUGUGGUCCUGAAGGAAGUGAACAAGCAGUUCCUAGAGGCUGGUCUGGGUAGAGUCAAAACCAAUUUGCAAAGCCGUGUCAAGAAAGGGAAAAUGACGCAAGAGAAGUUUGAAAAAACCUUUUCUCUUCUUAAGGGUGUCCUUGAUUAUGGAAGCUUUAGAGAUGUAGACAUGGUCAUAGAGGCGGUUAUUGAGAAUGUCUCUUUGAAGCAACAAAUUUUUGCUGAUCUUGAAAAAUACUGCCCUCCACACUGCAUACUUGCUAGUAACACUUCAACAAUUGACUUGAACCUGAUUGGGGAAAAAACCAAGUCCCAUGAUCGGAUUGUCGGAGCACAUUUCUUCAGUCCAGCUCAUGUCAUGCCUCUUUUGGAAAUUGUCCGUACUGAAAAGACUUCUCCACAAGUAAUUGUUGACUUAUUGGAUGUCGGGAAAAAGAUAAAGAAAACCCCUGUUGUCGUUGGAAAUUGCACUGGCUUUGCCGUUAACAGGAUUUUCUUCCCUUACACUCAAGCUGCCCUUUUACUUGCUGAACAUGGUGCUGAUAUCUAUCGGAUUGACAAGAUCAUCACCAAAUUUGGGAUGCCUAUGGGUCCAUUCAGAUUGUGUGAUCUGGUUGGGUAUGGGGUUGCAGUUGCCACUGGUGGUCAAUUUGUUCUAAAUUUUCCUGAAAGAACCUAUAAAUCAAUGAUAAUUCCACUCAUGCAGGAGGAUAAAAGAGCAGGUGAAAGUACUCGCAAAGGGUUCUAUAUUUAUGACAACCAACGCAAGGCAACCCCAGAUCCUGAAAUAAAGAAAUAUAUUCAGAAGGCAAGGGAAAUCUCUGGUGUUAGUGUUGACCCUAAGAUGAUGAAAUUGUCAGACAAGGAAAUUGUGGAGAUAAUUUUCUUCCCUGUGGUGAAUGAGGCAUGCCGAGUCCUUUCCGAGGGUAUUGCAGUCAAAGCAGCAGACCUUGACAUUGCUUCCGUAAUGGGCAUGGGAUUCCCGCCUUACAGGGGUGGGAUCUUAUUCUGGGCAGACUCCCUCGGAUCAAAGUAUAUCUGUUCGAGAUUGGAAGAAUGGUCAAACAUGUAUGGAGAGUUCUUCAAACCUUGUGCUUACUUGGCUCAAAGAGCUGCCAAGGGGGCCCCUCUGAGUUCUCCGGCGGAGCAAGCAAAAUCUCGCCUCUAAGAUCAGGUUUCAUGUUGCAUCGCCUUGAAAUGUAGUUUUCCUGCCCAAGUUUCACCCUUCCCUUUGCUUUGCUUUCCCAUUGCCUCUUAACCCUUUAUUGAUGGUGUGAAAUAGGAGGCCUGGAAAAGCCAAAUAAAUGCAUGGGCAGUUAGUUGUAUUGGCGACGGCAAAGGGAUCCACGACUAGUUGUAUUUGAUUGGUUGGUUUCGUGUUGCAUUGCAGAGUUUUAGAUAAUAAUAUAGUUUUUAACUUUAAACCAAGUCUAAAUGUUGUUGUUUUCUGUCUUUGUUGUGGCGAUCCAAUUUGAAGAAUGGGAGUUGUGUUUUCUUUUUACCAAGUAAAAAGGUAAAGAAGGAGACAGAUCAUGUUAAUGGUACCCGUACCUGUACCUGUACCUGUACCUGUUGCUGUUGCUGUUCCUGUUCCUGUUCGUCAAUUAGGUUGAGUGCGGAAUUUUUAUAAAUAUGGGUUCAAACUAAUUAGACCCAGCCUGUGAUUUAAUUCAGGCUUGAUUGGAUGUCAAUUGGAUUUAAAAAAUUGAACUAAAUGGAUUUGAUUAUAUUGAUUUGAA